AUGUGCAAUUCUACCGAGUUCUUUGCGUGGACAGCUCUCCUCGCAACGGUAACCGUUGCUAUCAUCGGAGGAAAUAUCAUCACCACUAUUGUAUUAUGGAAAUUGAGAUCCGUUCUGAAAAGAACCUAUUACCUUUUGAUAAACCUUACGAUCGCCGAUUUGGUUGUUGGUUUUGGAGGGGUCGUACUCAUAAGUACGAGCAUUUUGAAGCAUAACGGCUUAGAUGAAAGUCCAUUGUUCGUAACUACUAGGUUCCUGCGAAUGGAUGUUUUCGCUAAUAAUGCGUCUUUGACGUCUUUGUUACUUAUCGCCGGAGAGAGAUUUUUGGCAGUUGCUUUCCCUUUUCUUCACAAGGUAAUCACAACACGUUUCUACGCGAAGUGCAUCGCUGGGGUGUGGAUUACUUCUCUCCUUCUGAACGGGAUUGUGUUGUCUUCAGAUGUUUUUCCUACUUCGUUUCGCCGCACCAUUUCCCGAGGAAUUCUCGGUUACUUUACGAUCGUCUGCUUGAUUGCCAUUAGCGCUUUCUACAUAACUAUAUGGGUGGUCUCUAGAAAGGUGGAUGUUCGAAUACCUCGAGAUAAACGAGAUCAGAACAAGAGACUUGCUAAAACCUUGGCAAUUGUGACAAUUGCAUCGCUCAUUGCCUGGAUCCCCCUUUCAGUACACACCGUUUCUCCUUUCUCUAAGCUAGAUGAAAAUUGCAUCUUAUCCGGAUCUCGUGUCAUUACAUAUUUCCUACAACUGACCAAUUCUGUUAUCAAUCCACUAGUGUAUUGUUUUCGCAUGUCUGAAUUUCGAGCAGUUCUUAAACAACACUUUCCAACUUGCAGAAACGCCAACGGUAGAAUUCGAUCGGUUGGAGCUACGAAUUUACCAAAACCCUAA